CGGAAAUCGUUCAUUCUUUUGAAGAUUGAUGCUCUUCCGAUUUGGAUUAAAAACUCGAACAGUUUUUCAAGGCAACAUAGAAAAUCAUUUGGUUAAGCAGCGAAUGGCUGGAAUUUGUCUAAGUACUGCCAAUGUCACCCGCCUUUUCUUAUCACCAUCUAUUGAAGGAACACAUCUUUUGAUAGGGUCGUCACCAUAGGCCUAUGAUAAAGGCUGAAAGAGAUCAAGAGAGUGCCUCUGCCUACAAAAAUGGAACACGAAUUUUAUGAAUACGAUGAUGUUGACGAUCAGGCUGCCUUGUCAGGACAAUAUCACGAUUCGGAAGCUUAUUAUGACGAUGAAAAUGAGUUGCUGCAACAACUAAUGCAACAAGAACACCAUAGAAUAGCUAGUGAAUUUAGUGUUUGGAAUGAAUGUUUGUGGCCUACUCUUUCCCAAGGGUUGCAGUCCCUUUGGCUCCUUUUGGUACUGUGCCUGGUGUUGAGACUGCUGUGGCUUCUGAGACUGAACCAAAAACUGCUCCAUUUCUUUUCAUUUGUUUUUGGCUUCAUAGCGUUGUGGCAUUUUUAUGAACAGUCAACUGGAUAUGUCAUGUUACUUGCAAUGGCUGGCCAUAUUUGCCUUUCCACCAACCAAACAGGCCGUGGUGGAUUUCUUGCAUUUUUCUCCGUCGUUUUUAUGCUGUCUUGUGAAAAAUUCUUUGUUGGUGAAAUGGAAUGGAAUAAGAUAAGAGGCUCUGUAAUGAUUGUUGCAAUGAAGUUGAUUUCUAUUGGAUAUGGAAAGAAAAACAGUGAGCUCCUAAGUUUGAAUGCAGCUAGCUACUAUGGAUAUGUGCUAAAUCCUGCAAGCAUCAUCUUUGGGCCUUUUGUGACAUUUAGUGAAUACAUGCAGCUAUUUAAGCCACAGCCUUUAACUUUUAACUGGUUCUUGAAUAUUGUAAGAACUAUGGUUCUGUCUGCUGUGUGUCUUCUGUGGUCCACAUGUGGUACAACAUAUGUUAUUCCAAAGCUAGGCUCAAACAUAUGGAUAGAUGCUUACAAAGAUGCCAAUGGUUUUAGGUUCAGCAAUUACUUUGUAAGUUACACAUCAGAGCUUACCUGCAUUGCUAUGGGAAUCAUAAGAAUUUUUCCACCAGAUGGUGUCUCAACAGAAAAGGAAAACAAAGACGUUGGAGAUAAUUGUGUUGUGAAUGACCAGAAUGCAAAUGAUGCUAACUGUGAAAAGUCAGAAUCAAGUCUACAACAGCAAGAAGAAACGCAACAAAGUUUUAUAGAAUGGAAAUAUCCUGUCUCUAAACCAAUAUCUGUUGAGAUUCCACGUUCCUUGGGGGAAGUUGUAACUAACUGGAACUUACCAAUGCAUUACUGGUUAAAAAAUUAUGUUUUCAAGACGUCAAGACAUUUAGGCACAUUCCCUGCCAUAUUAUUGACAUAUUUUGCAAGCUCGCUGCUUCACGGACUAAAUUUUCAGCUAUCUGUUAUUUUGCUGUCUAUUGGAGUGUUUGCCUUCAUUGAAAACAGUGCAAGAAAAACCCUUGCCUCUGCAUUCGGUGCCUGUAUUGAGGCAAGGAGGUGCAGAAAGAGUUGUACACAUCGGUAUAAACAGGGAAAUUUCUGGGUGACGUGUGCAAAUUUGGCAUUUGGCUUUAUUGCAGUUUGGAACCUGGCAUAUCUUGGCUGCCUUUUUGAUAACGAUCCAGACGUGCAAGACAAGGGCUACUCGAUGUCACAUGCAUUGAGAAAAUGGGCGGCACUUGGUUUUAUUUGCCAUUACUUCAUGUUAGCAGUCUUUUUAUUGAACAAGCUGAUAAAAGAUGGCACCUUCUUCUCUCUACCACGCUGGCUUCAUUCAAGAAAGAGUGUGGCACAUGAUCCAUCACCUCCGGUAUCUGCUCGUUGAAAGAGUUUUUCUAUCUUAUAGUCUUUGGUAGAUUUCUUUUGCGGAAGUGGUUCUUUUGCGGAUUUCAAUUCACAGUUUGUAUACAAUGGAAAGUUGCACUGUUUGAAGUAUCCUAAAAAUAAUGUCAUCCCUUGUAGAAAUGGCAUGAAAAGGUAACUGCUCAAGGGGUACCGUUGAAAACAUCCGGAGCUGUUUUUGAUGUGCAUCCACUUUGUAUGUAAACAAUUAAUGUAGGAGCUUGUGGUGAAAAACUGCUAGAAAGCAGAUUUUGUACUUAGGCCAUUGGGACUAGAGCCUCAAGGUCUUGAAAUCUUGCUUUUGCCGUAUAUAUUGAUAGAAGAAAUUGUAGGUUCACUUGAAUUGGCACCUACAGCUACAACUGCCAAACAUCUGAGCUUUUCGAGAACGCAGUUUAACGUCAGAGUGAAACAACGAGCUAACAGUUAUGGGAGUAUUUAACUUUUUUGGAUCUCCAGACCCUAUCUAUAUCAAGUUAAUGUUGAUUAAUAAGAUUUUAAAUAUUUCAUAUAUUCAUUACCAAUAAAUUCAUGUCAAGUAUUUUUUAUAGUACACCAACUUAAAAACGUCUCACAUCGUUGGCUAGGCUAUAAGAUAUUCCAUUGUAUUUUGAGAUAGUUUGAAAACGAGAAUAGCACUCCACCUUAGCAAUGAUAAAGCAAGAGAGUGUAGCGGCUAUAGUGCAUGAAGUCAUACGGUGCUGAGCUCAUUGAAUAUUCUUUUGUGGCUGAAGAUGCUAAAGAACUACUGUAAAAACCAACUUAUCCGUACCAAGACGAAUGCAGCAAAAUAAAGCGCUCUUUCUCCGUAGAAUGUCUCCAAAUGGUCAAUGGAGAUUUUUCUCAGGUCCUUUUAUAAUUUAUUCUUACACAAAAUUAAAAUUGACAAUUUCUAUAAUGUAAUGUUAUUUUCAUUUCGAAACUUUUAAGCAUUUAAUGUUAAAAUGUAGAAAAAUUUUCAGAUAAGUAGCAUCAUUCGUAAAAGAAAAAAUUCACCAGCAAAAUUAAGUUUUUUAUAUGUUUGGAAUUUCAAAUGCAGAUGGAAUUUUUUGACAAAAGUAAACCAUUUUGUGUAGUUAUUGUAAAAUUAUUCGAUCUUUUUUAGUAAA